CAACAUUCAAUAACCGCGCGUUGGUUCGUGUGUGCGUAAAAUUCAAGUUACCGCUCGUUAUACAUUACGUAUUUAAAUUAUUGUAAAUUUUUUAUUGUGUUUAUGGAUUUUUAGUCUCUGAUCUUAACGUUCCAAGUGCUCGGAUAGUUUUUCUGUUGUUUUAGGUAAUGACUCAUGAUAGAGACAAUUUUAGUAUGAUGGAUGCAGUAACAUCGUUUGGAAAAAAAAAUCAUUUGUCACUAUCAAAGAGCUUGGCUUUUGUGUUGGCACUGUUGUUUAUCGGUUGCCUGGUCGGCACGGGGUUGCUCGUGUACCACCUAUCCUCGUGUACGUCGCCAUCAACAAAGGUCGUUGAGCAAGUAGAAAUAUGCGGCCAGAUGCCAUACGAAAACUUUAGUACGACUACAACAGAAGUUCGGGAAUACAGCACAACCACAACUGUUGAUCCGGUGACCACAACAGUGCCAAAAGAGAAAAUAGUUGACAUCAGACUUCCUCGCUCCAUCCUGCCAGAUGCUUACGAUGUAAAGCUCAUCCCGUUUAUAUUGGAAGGAAAUUUCACUUUUAAAGGGGAAAUAACUAUAAGGGUGAAUGUUACUGAAGCCGUUAGUAACAUAACUUUACACUCUGAUGAGCUGGAAAUCAACCAGAAGUCAAUCACCGUCAACGAUUUACAAAAUAACACUUUCGCAGUUGAGAAAAUUGAGAACGACACCGAAAGACAAUUUCUGAUAAUAUUCCCGAAGGAGAAACUCCAAGCCGGUCAAUACGACAUUUACAUCGAGUUUAAAGGAAUAUUAAAUGACCAAAUGCAGGGGUUUUAUCGAAGUUCCUACAAUGUUGAGACUGAAGUGAGGUGGAUUGCGGCGACCCAAUUUCAGGCGACGGAUGCGAGAAGAGCGUUUCCAUGUUUCGAUGAGCCGGCUAUGAAAGCGAAAUUUAAAAUCAGUUUAGCGAGGUUUAAAAAUAUGUCGUCGAUAUCCAAUAUGCCUAAAGUGUUAUCAAAGCCCGUCGAUGGUCUUGAGGAUUACGAGUGGGAUGUGUAUCAAGAGUCGAUACCGAUGUCGACGUAUCUAGUCGCGUUUGUUGUUUCCGACUUUGUUAGUUUAAAAAGCGGCAAUUUUUCCGUUUGGGUUCGGCAGGGCGCCCAACCUCAGGCGAGGUAUAGCUUGGAAAUUGGACCGAAAGUGUUGAAGUUUUACGAGGACUUUUUCCAAAUCAAGUUUCCUCUUCCGAAAGUCGAUAUGAUCGCGUUACCAGAUUUCGCAGCUGGAGCAAUGGAGAAUUGGGGUUUGGUUACUUAUAGAGAAACGGCAAUGUUAUACGAAGAAGGCGUAUCGAGCAGGUCGAGCCUUCAGAGGGUAACAAGCGUAAUUGCUCACGAACUUGCUCAUCAGUGGUUUGGCAAUUUGGUAACACCCAGAUGGUGGACGGAUAUAUGGCUGAAUGAAGGUUUUGCUAGUUACAUGGAGUACAUAGGCACUGACGCAGUGCAACCCGAUUGGAAGGUUAUGGAUCAGUUUGUGGUACUUGAACUUCAAAACGUUUUUUCUCUCGACGUUUUGAAAUCAUCGCAUCCAGUUUCUAUUAAGGUAAACAAUCCUGUGGAGAUAAACGAUAUAUUUGAUAGGAUCUCUUACUCGAAAGGUGCUACCAUCAUCAGGAUGAUGGAGUAUUUUCUAACAUCUGAAGUGUUUAGAAGGGGUUUGACAAAUUACUUAACCAGCAGGAUGUAUAGCAGCGCCGAGCAAGACGAUUUAUGGCAUGCGUUAACAGAACAGGCCCACAAAGAUGGAACUUUGAAGAAAGAACUGGCCGUGAAGCAAAUAAUGGAUACAUGGACCCUGCAGACAGGUUUCCCGCUUGUUACCGUGACGAGAAGCUACGACUCCAAGUUCAUCAGUUUUAAACAGGAACGCUUUCUAAUCGGUUCAAACAGAACAGACCCCGAGUCUUCGUUAUGGUGGAUACCAUUAACGUACGUGUCGAAAGAUGACCGGGAGAUCAAGUCUGAGUGGUUACCUGUCGAACCUGAAAUAGUCCUCACCGACGCUAAGCUCGACAAGAAUGAGUGGCUGCUAGUUAAUAUUGACCAAAGGGGUUACUAUCGGGUAAACUACGACAAUAAAAAUUGGCAGUUAUUAACGCAACAGCUGUUGGAUAAGAAUGGAUUUAAGAACUUCAGUUCCACAAAUAGGGCACAAUUGCUGGACGAUUCCCUAAACUUAGCGGCGGCCGGUUUCUUGGAUUACGAUAUAGCGCUUAAUCUCACACGGUAUUUGACCAAUGAGCGCGAUUGCGUUCCGUGGAUGACCGCGUUCAUUGGUUUGGAUUACAUUCAGGAAAUGUUCAUGAAAACUGCCGAUUUUGAUAAAUUAAAGCUGUACUUGUCAUCCUUGCUAAAAGAGGUGUAUGCGCAUGUCGGAUUUGAGGAUUCUCCCAAAGAUUCCCAGCUUACGGUGUAUAACCGUAUGGAAGUGUUGUGGCGCGCUUGCCUCUUGGGUAACAUCGAUUGCAUUAGGAACGCGGUGACUUAUUUCCAUAAUUGGCGAACCGCUCCCAACUCGGAUCAGUACAAUCCAAUUUCACCAAAUCAAAAGAAUGUAGUCUAUUGCGUGGCAAUCCGGGCCGGCGGGCAGGAAGAAUGGGAAUUUGCGUGGGAGCGCUACCAACGCACAAACGUCGGCUCAGAAAAGGAAACGAUUCUCUCCGCUCUAGGGUGCUCGCGCGACACUUGGAUUCUGAGUCGUUAUUUGUACUGGGCCAUCACCGAAGGUUCCGGCAUACGUAAACAAGACGCACCUCGUGUCUUUGCCGCAGUCGCGAACAACAUAAUCGGGCAAGAUUUGACUUACAAAUUUUUCAAAAACAAUUGGGCCCUGUUGAAGAAAUCGGUUGGUUCGUCGUUAUCACUGCUCAAUUCCAUUGUGAAAGCCUGUAUCUCGCACAUAAAUACCCAAGAGGAGCUUAAUGAUCUCAAAACCUUCGUUAGGGAAAACGUUGGUGAGUUCAGCGUUGUGGCCAAAACCAUCGAGCAAUCGAUAGAACAAGUUGAGGGAAAUGUACGAUGGAUGAAUAGUAAUUAUGAUAAGAUCGUGCGGUGGUUAGCUAGGUAUCAAAGGAGCCAUGAUAGCGCUAAUAAUCGUUGAGGUACAAAUACUUAAUUUAUAAUAUUAAAUAAAUUUUCUAGUAUAAGUUUUUA